CGGCCCGCUCUCUCCUCCCUCCGCCUCAGACUGUUUUGGUAGCAACGGCGGCAGCGGCGGCGCGUCCCGGCCUUCGCUCUUCCGUUCUCCUCCAGCCGUCCUCUUCCCGCCCGGUGUAUGGGCCCCUCACCAUGUCUCUGAAGCCCCAACAGCAGCAGCAGCAGCAGCAGCAGCAGCAGGCGGCGGCCGGCAAUGCCCGCAAGCCCGGCUGCCUCACGUCGUCGUCGUCCGCCUCCUCUGCGGCAGGUGGAGGCGGCGGGCGGCAGAGCCUCGGCAGAGGCCGCAGCAGUGGCAAAGGGCUGCCUCAAACUACUAUUUCUUUUGAUGGAAUCUAUGCAAACAUGAGAAUGGUUCAUAUACUUACAUCUGUUGUCGGAUCAAAAUGUGAAGUUCAAGUCAAAAAUGGAGGUGUAUAUGAAGGAGUCUUUAAAACCUACAGUCCCAAGUGUGAUUUGGUGCUUGAUGCUGCUCAUAAGAAAACUGCAGAAUCCAGUCUGGGGCCAAAACGUGAAGACAUAGUAGAGAGUAUUUUGUUCAAGUCUUCAGACUUUGUAAUGGUGCAAUUCAAAGAUAUGGAUUCCAAUUAUGCAAGAAGAGUUCCUUCAGAAACAGAUGCUUUUACUGAUUCAGCUAUCAGUGCUAAAGUAAAUGGUGAACACAAAGAGAAGGACCUUGAACCAUGGGAUGGAGGUGAAACCACCACUACAGAGGAACUGGAGGCUUUGGAAACUGAUGUUUCUAAUGGAUGGGAUCCCAAUGACAUGUUUCGAUACAAUGAAGAAAACUAUGGUGUAGUGUCCACAUAUGAUAGCAGUUUAUCUUCAUAUACGGUGCCCUUAGAGAGGGACAAUUCUGAAGAAUUUUUAAAACGGGAAGCAAGAGCAAACCAAUUAGCAGAAGAAAUUGAAUCAAGUGCCCAAUAUAAAGCCCGGGUGGCUUUGGAAAAUGAUGAUAGGAGUGAGGAAGAAAAAUACACUGCUGUUCAGAGAAAUGCAAAUGAGCGUGAAGGACACAGCAUGAACACUAGAGAGAACAAGUACAUUCCUCCUGGACAGAGAAAUAGAGAUGUCAUGUCCUGGGGAAGUGGUAGGCAAAACUCCCCGAGGAUGGGCCAAUCAGGAUCAGGGCCCCCACCUUCAAGAUCUGGAUCCCAUUCUUCAGACUAUAAUCCAAACUCUGGAACAGACCAAAGAGUAGUUAAUGGAGGUGUUCCCUGGCCAUCGCCUUGCCCAUCUCCUUCCUCUCGCCCACCUUCUCGCUACCAGUCAGGUCCCAACUCUCUUCCACCUCGGGCAGCCACCCCUACAAGGCCGCCCUCCAGGCCCCCCUCGCGGCCAUCCAGGCCCCCGUCUCACCCCUCUGCUCAUGGUUCUCCAGCUCCUGUCUCUACUAUGCCUAAACGCAUGUCUUCAGAAGGGCCUCCAAGGAUGUCUCCAAAAGCACAGCGACACCCUCGGGGUCACAGAGUUUCCACUGGGAGGGGGUCAAUUUCCAGUGGUUUAGAAUUUGUGUCCCAUAAUGCACCAGCUGAAGCAUCUACUCCUCCAGUGGCUCGAAGCAGCCCUUCCGGAGGAACGUGGUCAUCAGUGGUCAGUGGGGUUCCACGAUUAUCCCCUAAAACACACAGACCCAGGUCUCCCAGGCAGAGCAUUGUUGGAAAUACUCCCACUGGGCCAGUUCUUUCUUCUCCCCAAGUUGGUACUGUCCCCACUGAAUCUGUAGCCAUGCCUGUUCCAGCUGCAUCUCCCACACCCGCCAGUCCAGCGCCCAACAGAGCAGUCACCCCAUCCUGUGAGGCUAAGGACUCCAGACUUCAGGAUCAAAGGCAGAAUUCUCCGGCUGGAAAUAAAGAAAACAUUAAGCCAACUGAAGCAUCCUCUGGUUUCACUAAAGCUGAAAAUAAAGGUCUAUCACCAGUUGUUUCAGAACAUAGAAAACAAAUUGAUGAUUUAAAGAAAUUUAAGAAUGACUUUAGGUUACAACCAAGUUCUGUUGUGGAUUCUGUUGAUCAACUGCUAAAUAAGAAUAGAGAAGGAGAAAAGUCCAGAGAUUUGAUUAAAGAGAAACCUGAUGCAAAUCCAAAGGAUUCCAUGAUUGACAACAGCACCGCUAACUGUGCUAGUGGCAACAGCAAACCAAACAGCCCCAGUAUUUCUCCAUCAACUAGCAAUAACUCUGAGCAGAAGAGAGGACCCGAAGUCACAUCUCAAGGGGUUCAGACCUCCAGUCCAGGAAAUAAACAAGAAAAAGAUGAUAAAGAUGACAAGAAAGAUGCAGCUGAUCAAGUAAGGAAAUCUACAUUGAAUCCUAAUGCAAAGGAGUUCAACCCUCGUUCUUUUGCUCAACCGAAGCCUUCCACCACCCCUACUUCGCCUCGUCCACAAGCCCAACCUAGUCCCUCAAUGGUGGGACAUCAACAGCCAACUCCGGUAUAUACUCAACCAGUUUGCUUUGCACCAAAUAUGAUGUACCCCGUUCCAGUGAGCCCAGGAGUGCAGCCUUUAUAUCCUAUACCCAUGACACCAAUGCCAGUGAAUCAAGCCAAGACAUAUAGAGCAGGUAAAGUUGCAAACAUGCCACAGCAACGGCAAGACCAGCAUCAUCAGAGUACCAUGAUGCAUCCAGCCUCAGCAGCGGGUCCUCCAAUUGUAGCCACCCCGCCAGCCUACUCGACACAAUACGUCGCCUAUAGUCCUCAGCAGUUUCCUAAUCAGCCUCUCGUGCAGCAUGUGCCACAUUAUCAAUCUCAGCAUCCUCAUGUCUAUAGUCCUGUCAUUCAGGGCAAUGCUAGAAUGAUGGCACCACCAACACAUGCCCAGCCUGGUUUAGUGUCCUCCUCAGCAACUCAGUAUGGUGCUCAUGAGCAGACGCAUGCGAUGUAUGCAUGUCCCAAAUUACCAUACAACAAGGAGACAGGCCCUUCUUUCUACUUUGCCAUUUCCACUGGUUCGCUCGCUCAACAAUAUGCCCAUCCUAAUGCCACCCUACACCCACAUACUCCACAUCCACAGCCUUCUGCCACCCCAACGGGACAGCAACAGAGUCAACAUGCUGGAAGUCACCCUGCUCCCAGUCCCGUACAGCACCAUCAACACCAGGCUGCUCAAGCACUUCAUCUGACAACCCCACAGCAGCAGUCGGCCAUUUAUCAUGCUGGUCUUGCACCAACCCCACCUUCCAUGACCCCGGGUUCAAAUACGCAGUCUCCACAAAAUAGUUUCCCAACAGCACAACAGACAGUCUUUACGAUUCAUCCUUCUCAUGUUCAGCCUGCAUACACCAACCCACCACACAUGGCUCAUGUACCUCAGGCUCAUGUACAGUCAGGAAUGGUUCCUUCUCAUCCAACUGCCCAUGCUCCAAUGAUGCUAAUGACGACACAGCCACCUGGCGGGCCCCAAGCCGCUAUCGCUCCAAGUGCACUACAGCCCAUUCCAGUCUCGACAACAACGCAUUUUCCGUAUAUGACGCACCCUUCAGUUCAAGCCCACCACCAACAGCAGUUGUAAGGCUGCCCUGGAGGAACCCAAAGGCCAAAUUCCCUCCUCCCUUCUACUGCUUCUACCAACUGGAAGCACCGAAAACUAGAAUUUCAUUUAUUUUGUUUUAAAAAAAACAUUGAUUUCUUGUAACACCCAAUAGGAAUGCUAACAGGUCACCUUGCAGUGGGAGAGAUUUGGACUGAGUAGAGGCAUGUAGGAACUUGUGGGCUAUUCCAUAAUUCCAUGCACUGUAUCAGAGUCCUGCAAGUGCCCCAAUGCUGCUUGCUGAAAACUGGAAGUUAUUUAUUUUUUAAUGACCCUUCAAAGUGAUGAACUCAUCAGCUAGCAAAAGAAGUAACAAGAGUGAUUCUUGCUGCUAUUACCGCUAAAAUCAAGACUUGGAGAGCCCUUUUACUUCUAACUAAACUUGAAACAGAUUCAGUCAAUUCUUAUCAAACUCUUGGAUUAUUAUUUAUAAAUCAAGUUUGAUGAGGUAAUCACUGUCACCAGACAGUGGUGUAACUUUUAAGUUAA